AAAAAAAGUCACACACCCCCGUAGCGCAGCUAACGAGAGCUUGCAACCUCACCUGUGCACCCCCUGGGCAAUCCUCCUCUCAGGCUCUGGCUUUCAGGAAAGGUCCUCUUUGGUGGUUCCCUUAUCCUUCGCUUCUUCUUUUUUUCUUCGUCACUUUGCCAAAGCAGCAUUCCUGUUGUCGACAUCGACGCUUCCUGCGACUUUGUUUUCUUCUUCUUCUACUGUUGCUGCUAGUGCUUCCUCUCUCUCUGCACGCGGAAGCCUCCUUUUCUUCCCUACUAUUUUGCUUUUUGCCGCGCGCCGGCACCUAAACGUCGACAAAGCCUUGCCGCCAUCCGUCCAAAAACACCGGUUUUGACGACACCUCUUUGCUUUACCCGCAACCCGAAUCCUCGCGACCGACCGCAUAUCCUGGCCUUUUACCCAUCGUCGUCACCCCAUCGUCACCGUGGCGCCCUCAAAGCUUACAGCCGGCUCCUCGAGCUCUGUUCACGACAAGCCGGUUCAGUCUCAUCAUCGCCGCCGUUCCUCUGCUGGCGUUACUCCUACAGACGAACGCCCCGGCCACUCGCUGCAGAUUCACGCGCAGCUUGCCAACAAGAAGGCCCUCUCGCCCAUCAUUGGCACGCCUUCCGAACCAAUGUCUCUCUCCCGAUCUCCGUCGCCGGUCCCUGGCGGCGGCUGGGCCAGCCCUGGCCUCAACAUCAAUAGCGGACGCAAUAGCCCCAAUAGCUCGACGCGGUCGGGCAACUGGGAUUCUUCCAAGCGAUCCAAUGGCGCCAACGGCUUCCCUUCCUUCUCGACACAGAACCAGGGCUUCUUCACCCGCCAUAUGCGACGCAUAUCCGGCAACCUCCCUAGAUUCCAAAACGGCGAUGUCAAGGGGGGCCACCAAGGUCCUUCCUACGGCCAAAAUAUCCCUAUUGUCGGCCGAUUCGUCUCGAUAUUCAACCGCAUGGGCCGCAAGCUCAAAAUGAGAAUCUUGAUUGCCCUGGGAAUCCUCCUCUUUUAUAUUAUUCUGUCAAAUACCCCCUUGUUAUACUGGUGGCGCCGAGCCUCAUGGGGAGGCGGCGGUGAAAAGUUUGUCAUUAUCCUUGCUGCUAACGUCGGUGGUGGUGUCAUGGAGUGGAAGGGUGCUCGUGAAUGGGCCAUUGAGCGUGACAGCGUCCGCAACAAGCGCAAGUACGUUAACCGCUGGGGCUACGACCUCGAGAUUGUCGACAUGAGCACCAAGAAGCGAUAUGCCCACGAAUGGCGCGAGAGCUGGGAAAAAGUCGAUGCUGUUCGCAACGCCAUGCGCAAGUACCCCAAGGCUGAGUGGUUUUGGUGGCUCGACCUAAACACCUUCAUCAUGGAGCCGUCAUACCCUCUCCAGAGCCACAUCUUCAAUAGCCUCCAGAGCAACGUCUACCGCGAUAUCAACGACUACAACCCUCUCAACAUUACCCACCCAUUCUCCGACCCAUACCUCGACCCUGUUUCGCUCAGCCCCGUUGGUGAUGGCAACAUCAACUCGGUCAACCUCUUGCUCUCGCAGGACUGCUCCGGAUUCAACCUGGGCUCGUUUUUCAUGCGCCGCAGCGCCUGGACCGAGCGCAUGCUUGAUAUCUGGUGGGACCCUGUUGCUUAUGAGCAGAAGCACAUGGCUUGGGAACACAAGGAGCAGGAUGCCCUUGAGUCCCUCUACAUUAGCCACCCUUGGGUGCGCCAGCAUACCGGAUUCCUUCCUCAGCGCAAGAUCAACAGCUUCCCUCCACAGGCUUGUGGUGACGGCACCGGCAAAAACCACACCCAGUUCCACUACCACGAAAAAGACCGCGACUUUGUCGUCAACAUGGCUGGCUGCGAAUGGGGCCGCGACUGCUGGGGCGAGAUGUACCACUACCGCCAAUUCUCCUACUGGCUCAACCGUAACCCUUGGGAACGCUUCAAGGAGGACUUUGUCGCCGUUAUCUGGUUCCAUUUGACUGGCCAGCGUGUCAUCCUCUAAAUCAUGCCACGACGACGCGAAUAAAAUAACACACCGACCCAACCAACCACACAGGCGCAAAUAUAGACCCUGCAGCAUCUGUGGUUGGAGCGAUGCGACGACUACGCGAUUCCGAAUACUCACUCGUUGAUCGAGUCGAGCCAUAAAUAGCGGCAAACGCACAAUUCGCACCCCCAUCUCAUCAUCAUCCUGUCAAAUAUUGAAAACCUUUGUUUUUUCCUUUUCCGUUUAUGUUGCAACUUACGAAUGCAUGUGGAUGGCCAAUGAUGCCAGAUGCGAAGCCCAGAGGGCUCCGUGUCAACUUUCCACGCCAUUAUUGGCGCUUCUUUGUAUAUCCCCUUUUCAUCUUCCCUUCUCGACCAGUGCCCUUUGGAUGGCAAAAUGCAGCGUACUAUUGGAUGGACGAGUUUUACUGCUACGCAGCAGGCAAGCCCAGUCAGCUACGCGCAACCGACAUGGACCUCCGGUGUUCUGGAUACUAUUUUACAAUUUUUUUUUUUUGGAUUACACUACGCAUUUACUUGUUUUGAAAAAAAGAGAAUGAGGAGGAAGGAAUAGAUGCAUAGAAUUUCUGUUGAGGGAGAAAAAGCUGUACCCGGGGACGAUUCACUGUUAAUGUCUUUUUAUUAUUCUUAUUAGCCCUUUCUUUGAAAAGAGCUAGUUGUUACACUUUUCACUUUGAUAUGGAAAUAAAAACAAUGCCAUGGCGGGCAAAUGCCAUGCUCGCCAACCUUUG